AUGAAGAAAUCUACGGCCUCGAAUACGCAUUAUUACCACUAUGAUCGUUCUCCAAUACGUUCUUACUCUCCACCUACUCAUUAUUGGUCUCAACAUUCAAGGCAUCAUUCCGUUCGUGCUGAUUAUGCGAAUGAUGAAGAUUGCAGAGGACGUUCACUUGAGAGAAUUUCUAGUCAUAAUGCACAACCAGAAUAUGAGCAAUUGUCCCCUAACCGUGCUUACGAUGCAGAUUAUAAUAAUUGUACUGGAAAUUACAUUUCUGCUAGAAAUUCUA